GAAGCGAAGUAGCUGUGACGCAAAUCAAUAUCGACGUUUCGACUCAACGUUCGAUUCAGUUAAAUCUGAUUGCAAGUGGGUAAAUCUUUGACAGUCACAUCGACCCUACUGUCGAUCUUCUUUGAGAGCAGUAUCUUUUCCCCUAUUGUGAUCUCUACUGCCAACGUCCAUGGCAGACCAGAUUAUCUACUCACUUGACAGAUUUUCCUCGGUUCACGUGGACACGGAAAAGCAGCAAGUGAGGGGCCAGGACUUCAUCACAAGUCUUCGUGAUGCGCUACCUACCUGGCGAGCCAAGGGUCACCGAGGGGUAUGGGUCACUGUACAAAAGGAACUCUCGGCCUGUAUACCCCAGCUAAUUGAGCUAGGGUUUGACUACCACCAUGCUGAACCUGGUUAUGCUAUGCUUACAAUUUGGCUACCAGAGACACUACCCAACAACCUGCCAGCGUACGCCAACCACUAUCUAGGUGUGGCCGGCUUUGUGGUCAACGAAAAGAACCAGGUCCUGGUUGUCCGAGAGCGCUACCACAACACUAACCUCCGCUCUCCCUGGAAACUUCCUGGAGGUCACGCAGACAGAGGAGAGGAGAUCAGCACCACCGCGGAGCGCGAGGUGUUUGAGGAGACAGGUGUCAAGUCCGAGUUUGUCUGUGUCAUCGCCUUCAGGCACCUGCACAACUACCGCUUCGGUCUGUCCGACUUUUACUUUGUGUGCCUAAUGAGAAGUCUCAGCUCCGAGAUAAAAGCCUGCCCUAACGAGAUCGCGGAGUGCGAGUGGAUGGAUCUGGAGGACUAUGAAAACUAUGAGAAGAUCUCAGACGUGAACAGAUUCUUUGUGCAGCAGUAUCGUGAAAUUGUUGCCAGUGGUAAUGCCAUCACACCUCACGACGUACGCUCUUAUGACCGGAUAUCGUGGAACAAGGUGUACAGCGCCGACAGGUUGGUGGAGCAAGACAGGGAUGGUCAGCCAGCGGUCAGUUCUGUUGUGUCAUCGGCGCUUCCUCCGUCAGCAGCAAGUGACUCUUCCACUGCAGAGGGAAAUCAAGUGUUACAACAGGAGAAAGGGGAAGAAGAAGGCUCUAUAUGAAAGUUAAAGAUAAUCUGUGAUUACUUUUUUCCCCCAAGUAACGAAAAGUGGUUUGUACAACUGUGAGGAAAAAUGAAUUUUUGUGACAUAAGCAGAAUGUAACAUUUUUGUAUUUUAUUUGACACAGUAGAGAAGCACAUCAACACAAUUACUGACAAUUAGUGUACGGUAAAAGUAAGAGGGACAAACAGAUAGUCUAACCACUACAUAGCUGUUCUAAUUCAUAGUUAGCAAACACCUCCAGUGACCAAUUUGAAAGCAAAUUUCAGAUUUUGUUGUUGUUUUUGUAAGUGUUUUAUGGAUUGAACUUUUUCAGUUGGUAGGAAAU